GGGUAAAGCAGCCAUUUUGUGGUGUCGUUAUUAAGUCGUGUGUUCUUCAUAAAAUUUCGUCUAUUUUACAUUGGAAGUGUUACUUUUUGUUAUGAUAUGAGCAUCUUCAAAACAAAAUCACCGCUUUUAAAAAGUUUUUGAUUGAGUUGUUGGAUUUAAUUUACAGAUAAAAUAUUGUAAAAAACGUGAGAGAAGAUAUUGCUUAUUGUACUGGAAUGCUAGGCUAGUUAAUGACGAUAUUAUAGUGGAGUCAAUUAUUUAUUGUAUUAUUUAAAUAUUAAAAAUAAUACUGUAGAACAAAUCAUGGAACAAGAUGUGCACACCACGUAUAGUUCAGUCUGCAGUACUUGCCUCAGCAGAGAUAGAUAUGUGUAUACCAUAAAUGAGUCCCAUUUGGUGUAUCAACAGGUUUUUCGUUUACUGAUGCACGACUUUGAAGCUGAUCGAUUUGGUGACCAAGCUCCAAAAAUUGAGCAAACAGUGUGUUGGGAAUGCCUUGCAAUCAUGAAGAAAUUUAGCCGAUUCAAAAAUCAAGUGCACAAUGCACAAGAGCAUUUGUACAUCCUUGCCAUGAGUAGAACACAAGAGACUAUGGAUCACACAUACAUGUCUCAAUCCCUAUCCACUCUCGAAGCUGUCACCAAACGUGACUACGACAAGAUAUAUCUGUACUACACUCAAGACGAGUGGCCCCAGUCAUUUAUAGUCAAUGCUGGAGAUGUUAAGAACGAACAGUAUGAUGUAGCACAGGCGGUCAGGGAUAAUAUACAGCUGAAUAUUGAUGAUCAUGUGCUUGAAGUACCAGCGAUGGUUUUGGAAAAUCCUACUACUGGAGUGAUGUCCCGAGUAGUUGUCGAUACGGAUGCCCUUGUAUCAACAGGAGAUUCCAUGAACAAGCGAGAACUCAACAUAGACAGUAUGAUGGACAACCCCAAGAUUGAAGUGAUGAGCCAUGUGAAGUCAUUAAAAGCGCCUACAGAAUAUGUGGAAUGCUUGCCUGGCACCGAAGUAUUGAGAGAUCGACAUUACUGCUUCAUUAUGGCACCAAUGGAUGUGUCCAAGGCGGAAGAUACAGAAAACAAAUCACACUUAAGCACCGACAAAAUACUCGGAUACACGGGGAUGGAACUGACUCCGAUGAGAACGAUAGAGGCACCUAAACUUGAGGCGACGGAUACCAAACCAAAUAUAACCCCCAAGAAAUUACUAGGGUACACCAUGGAUUAUAUGACAGAAGAGGAAUUGAAUGCGAUGAGAUCAGAAUUAAAAAAUAAAAUACAAUAUGCUAGCUCAGCGUACAAAUGUGAAUUGUGUAUAAUUGGUUUCUACACGCAGCAGCAAGUUGAAGACCACUUCCUGUCCGACCAUAGAGCCAAGCCUGGUAAAUCCUCUUGCUCAAUAUGCUGCGUGUACAUAGACGACUCUAAACUGAUCAGUCACCAGGACUCGCACUACUUCCGGUACACUUGCAAGAUGUGCGGCCAUAGAGAAUACAGCGAGAGAAUCAUGUCUAUGCAUGUGAAAAGUCAUACGGAGGCACAGGUACAUGGUGCGGUUAUAAGGAUAGGAAGCGGUGCUGGAAAGAGCAAAAAGAAAGCCAAGGAGACCGGCACUAAACCACCACCGAAACCAGGCGAUCUCAGGAAGUUGCUAUCGAAGACUACCAUUGAGGGAUACCAGUGCUUGGAGUGCGAUAUGUUCUUCAAAAAUUCGCGAACAAGGAAAACUCAUGUAGCAAGAUGCCACAGAGAAGGUUUCCAGUGUGACCAUUGUAAAAAGAGAUUCGUCAAUAAAACUACCCUGGCAACACAUCUUAGGCUCCACGAAGGCCCCUUACCCCGUGAGGAAUGCCCCAUCUGCCACAAGAUGGUGCGAAAAAUCCAACUAAAAUACCACAUACAACGCCACCAGAACAAAAAACGCUAUGAAUGCGUCGAUUGCAACAAAAUCUUCUCACACUUGGCCACGUACCAGGGACAUCUCAAGUACAGCAGGGCGCAUGCAUCCGAUCAAAUUUUUAAAUUUCCUUGCCCGAUGUGCAACAAAGGUUACCCCACAAAAGAAUCUAUGCAGGACCACUUCAACUACCAACAUUUAGGGAAAACAUCACACAAAUGCCCCAUCUGUGAUAAGCCAAUAGCCUCCCGUGCUAACGUGGAAAAGCACAUAAUGCGCGUACACGGACAGAAGAAGGAGAAACCACGAAAACACGUGUGCCAAAUAUGUGACAAGGGAUUUACGGACAAGAAAGCUCUGAAUCAACACGAGGUCAUACAUUCAGGGGAGAGACCCCUCACUUGUGAUAUCUGCCAACAGACUUUCAAGCAAAAAGCAUCUCUAUAUACACACAGGAAACGAGUGCACAAAGUGUUUCCGGCGAAGCGAUUGGUCCGAUACGUGGAGCCUCCGACACAAAACUGAAACAAUACUUCACAGACAAGGG